CGUCGCCGCCUCGGGCCGCGGAGGCCGGGGAGUCCCUGCCUGGGCCCGCAACCUCCCUCUUGGGGGUCGGGCCCAGGCGGGGGACCCCGCACAGCUGCCUCUUUGCCUCAUUUCCUGCUUUUGCGUGUGCCUGGGGUGGGCCGAGGUCUAGAUGAAUAGCUUCGGGGGUCCUCGAUGAGGCCGCUGUGCUCCUUUUAAAGGUGCCGGCGGGGCCCGGGAGGGGAGCGGGUUGUCUUUGCAUGGGCGGGGGACUCCCCGAGCCUGCCGGGACCAUGACCUGAACUGUGCGAGCGGGACGCGUGAGAUCCAAAGAGUCAGCUCACCUGAGCCACCCCCCCCUCCGGCCAGCAUGGCAUCUGAAGAAGCUUCCCUCAGGGCGCUGGAAAGUCUGAUGACAGAAUUUUUCCAUGAUUGUACAACCAAUGAAAGAAAACGUGAGAUAGAGGAGCUUCUUAAUAACUUUGCCCAGCAAGUAGGAGCCUGGAGAUUCUGCUUGUUUUUUCUGUCCAGCACAAGGAAUGACUAUGUGAUGAUGUACAGCUUAACGGUUUUUGAGAAUCUGAUCAAUAAAAUGUGGCUUGGGGUCCCAUCUCAGGAUAAGAUGGAAAUCCGUAGCUGCUUGCCCAAACUUCUCUUGGCUCACCAUAAAACCUUACCUUACUUUAUCCGGAACAAACUCUGCAAAGUUAUUGUUGAUAUUGGACGCCAAGAUUGGCCCAUGUUCUACCAUGACUUUUUCACUAACAUUUUACAGUUGAUCCAGUCCCCUGUGACAACCCCCCUUGGGCUGAUCAUGUUGAAGACAACUUCGGAAGAGCUAGCUUGUCCCCGUGAGGACCUCAGUGUGGCUCGGAAGGAGGAGUUACGGAAGCUGCUGCUGGACCAGGUGCAGACAGUGCUUGGGCUCUUGACAGGUAUCUUGGAAACUGUCUGGGACAAACACAGUGUUACUGCUGCCACCCCACCACCAUCCCCGACCUCAGGAGAAAGUGGUGAUUUACUGAGUAACCUGUUGCAGAGUCCUAGUCCAGCCAAACUGCUGCCCCAGCCCGUCCCCGUGCUGGAUGUGGAGAGUGAGUAUGUCUGUUCCCUGGCCCUGGAGUGCCUGGCCCACCUCUUCAGUUGGAUUCCUCUGUCUGCCAGCAUCACCCCAUCCCUCCUCACCACUAUCUUCCACUUUGCUCGAUUUGGCUGUGAUACCCGGGCCAGAAAGAUGGCAUCAGUGAAUGGCAGCAGCCAGAACUGUGUUUUGGGUCAGGAGCGUGGCCGACUUGGGGUCUUGGCCAUGUCCUGCAUCAAUGAACUCAUGUCCAAGAACUGUGUGCCUAUGGAAUUUGAGGAAUACUUAUUACGAAUGUUCCAGCAAACCUUCUACCUCCUGCAAAAACUCACCAAGGAUAACAAUGCCCACACGGUGAAGAGCAGGCUAGAGGAGCUCGAUGAGAGCAUUGAUAAAGAAAGGCCGUCUUGUCUUCAUAUGUUAAUAAAAGUGUAUGUAACUGCCUAUAUCAACUGUGUUGUUUUGACUUGUCCUGGAUCCGAAGUGAGAGCUGAGAGGUGCCUGGAAGCAGAAAGCUACAUUGAGAAGUUUACCGACUUUCUGCGGCUCUUUGUGAGUGUUCACCUGAGAAGAAUCGAGUCCUACUCUCAGUUCCCUGUGGUAGAGUUCCUGACCCUUCUCUUCAAGUACACAUUUCAUCAGCCUACUCAUGAAGGUUACUUCUCUUGUUUGGAUAUCUGGACACUGUUUUUGGACUAUCUGACAAGUAAAAUUAAAAGUCGUCUGGGAGACAAGGAAGCAGUUCUCAACAGGUACGAAGAUGCCCUGGUCCUCUUGCUCACAGAGGUGUUGAAUCGAAUCCAGUUCAGAUACAACCAGGCCCAGCUGGAGGAGUUGGAUGAUGAAACUCUGGAUGACGAUCAGCAGACAGAGUGGCAGCGGUACUUACGCCAGAGCUUGGAGGUGGUAGCCAAAGUGAUGGAGCUUCUUCCCACACACGCCUUCUCAACUCUGUUCCCAGUUCUUCAGGACAAUUUAGAAGUUUAUUUGGGAUUACAGCAAUUUGUAGUUACUUCGGGGUCAGGCCCCAGGCUGAACAUCACAGCGGAGAAUGACUGCCGGCGCUUGCACUGCUCACUGAGAGACUUGAGCUCCCUGCUGCAGGCUGUGGGCCGGUUAGCCGAGUACUUCACUGGGGAUGUGUUUGCUGCAAGGUUCAACGAUGCUCUCACAGUCGUGGAGAGGUUGGUCAAAGUUACUCUGUAUGGAUCUCAGAUAAAACUGUACAACAUUGAGACAGCUGUGCCAUCAGUGUUGAAACCUGACCUCAUUGAUGUGCAUGCCCAGUCACUUGCUGCUCUCCAGGCCUACUCCCAUUGGUUGGCACAGUAUUGCAGUGAAGCCCAUCGACAGAACACACAGCAGUUUGUGACACUCAUCUCUACCACCAUGGAUGCGAUCACACCUCUCAUCAGCACCAAGGUCCAAGACAAACUGCUGCUGUCUGCAUGCCACCUGCUGGUCUCACUGGCCACCACUGUGCGGCCUGUCUUCCUCAUCAGCAUCCCUGCAGUGCAGAAGGUGUUCAACAGCAUCAUCGAUGCCUCUGCCCAGCGCCUGGCAGACAAGGCGCAGGUUUUGGUUUGCCGUGCACUCUCUAACACCUUGCUCCUUCCGUGGCCAAAUCUUCCUGAGAGUGAGCAGCAGUGGCCCCUGCGCUCCGUCAACCAUGCCAGCCUCAUCUCGGCUCUUUCUCGGGACUACCACAGCCUGAAGCCCAGCGCUGCCGCCCCCCAGAGCAAAGUGCCGCUGGGUGACACCAAAGUGAUUAUUCACCAGACACUCAGUGUCUUGGAAGACAUUGUGGAGAAUAUCUCUGGGGAAUCCACCAAGUCCCGACAGAUCUGUUACCAGUCACUGCAGGAAUCUGUUCAGGUCUCCCUGGCCCUCUUUCCAGCUUUUAUCCAUCAGUCAGAUGUGACUGAUGAGAUGCUGAGCUUCUUCCUCACCUUGUUUCGAGGCCUUAGAGUACAGAUGGGUGUGCCUUUCACAGAGCAGAUCAUACAGACUUUCCUCAACAUGUUUACCAGAGAACAGUUGGCUGAGAGCAUCCUCCAUGAAGGCAGCACUGGCUGCCGGGUGGUAGAAAAGUUCCUGAAGAUCCUACAAGUGGUGGUGCAGGAGCCUGGCCAGGUGUUCAAGCCCUUCCUCCCCAGCAUUAUUGCGCUGUGCAUGGAGCAGGUGUACCCCAUCAUUGCUGAGCGCCCGUCACCUGACGUGAAGGCUGAGCUGUUUGAACUCCUCUUCCGAACGCUCCAUCACAACUGGCGGUACUUCUUCAAGUCUACUGUCCUGGCUAGCGUGCAGAGGGGCAUUGCUGAGGAGCAGAUGGAGAAUGAACCCCAGUUCAGUGCCAUCAUGCAGGCUUUUGGACAGUCCUUUCUUCAGCCUGAUAUCCACCUGUUUAAACAAAAUCUCUUCUACUUGGAGACUCUGAACACCAAGCAGAAAUUAUACCACAAAAAGAUCUUCCGGACCACUAUGCUGUUCCAGUUUGUGAAUGUGCUGCUCCAGGUCCUGGUUCAUAAGUCUCAUGACCUUCUACAAGAGGAGAUUGGCAUCGCCAUUUACAACAUGGCUUCCGUCGACUUUGAUGGCUUCUUUGCAGCCUUUCUUCCAGAGUUCCUGACCAGCUGUGAUGGUGUGGAUGCCAAUCAGAAAAAUGUGCUGGGACGAAAUUUCAAGAUGGAUCGGGUGAGGAGAAAAGGCCAAGCUAUAAGGGAACAUGUGUGGGUUCUUGAGCCUGCUGUUUGAUUAGUGAGGGGCCCAUCUAGGUCUUGGCAUGGUUAUACCAUACCCUCUGGUAGGUUAUCAUCAAUACCUAGGUAACUUGAUGCUGGGGUUGGGUGUAGAGGGCACACUCUUUCUCUGGGACUUGGCUCCUGUAACUCACAUGUUCAUUGUCUCAGCCACGGAGGUCACAGGACCCAGCAGGCAACACAUUAUCUUAACUCUUUUGUCCGCAUCUCCCACCCCAUUAACACACAUCUCUGCCUCCUACGGGGCUUGCACUCUUGGUGGUCUACAAGACACCAUACUGUCCCUCUGCCCUGACUUUCAGGCAGGCUCAAAAGAUUGGUACAGCUUUGGGCCCCCAGAGAUGGCCCUGUUGCUUGGCUGCGCUGGACUCUUCCUGUCUCUCUUCACAACCCAGCACUGGUGCAGCUCAGACUCCUCAAAGGACCCUCGUGCUACUGAGAC